UCAAACAGAAAUUUAUCACUAAUAAUCACUGUAUUUUAAACUUCUAUUGUCGAGAUACAACAUAGACACAUUGGACUUAUACAUUAUUUGUAUUCAUAAAAACCAUUAUACAUUUAUGAAUUUCGGUUUCAUAUACUAUAAAAUAUGAAUCACGUAAACACGUUAUAAUUUUUAAACUUAUGGAGGUAACUGGCAUUGUACUGUUUUGGCAGGAAACACAUUGUACUGAACUGCUACUAUUCAUAAGUAAAAGUGAGCUUGGUAUUAGCUAUUAAAAUAGCAUUACAUCAUGUGACAUUAGGAGUUUGUUGAAUCCAGUGACCGGAGGCCAGCAAGUGGACAUUUAACACGAUCGGAAGAUUGACAUUACGUAUAGGAAUUUUACAGUGACAGACGAUAUUUGUUUUCAUAUCUUUUAUGCACACCGCACAUGCGCAGUUUCCAUGAAGGGUAAGUACGGGCGACAGCGGAAAUACGCAACGGCAAUGGCGAAGGUGGCGUUCUGGGCAAUCAUUGUGUUCCUCGUAUCGCUAUUCAUCGGCUAUUGCCGGGAUUCCCAUGUACCGGAGGAAAUACCAGAAACCUGGAAGGUCCGCAUGAUAGACGCGGCCAUGAGGCUGUACAAACACUUGGUCACGUGCCUGGUGAACGUAGGCCUGACGGACCACUUUUCCCCGCUGGACCGGAAGUUGGCUGACUGGUUCAUCCUGACCCAGAUGACUGGCCAUCCCUGGGGGAUGUCUCUCACCGCUGACCAGACGCUCAAGAUCAAAGACACUGUGAUCGCGGGCGUGCAGACGGUGGUGUACGAGCCCGUAGCCAACUUCCUGUCACAAGACCGCCCUGUUCUCGUCUUCCUGCACGGAGGUGGUUGGAGCACCCUCUCUGUUGAUAGUUAUGACCCUCUGGUCCGGAAGAUUGCCAGGGAGAGCGGAGUGGUCAUCAUAUCAGUCAAUUACCGUCUCAGCCCACAAUACCCCUACCCGGUCCCACUACAAGACAGUCUGAACGUCGUCAACUACGUUGUCAACAACCCCGACGAGUUCAGGGUCGACCCUCAACGAAUUGCCGUCGGCGGGGACAGCAGCGGCGGCAACAUGGCAGCCUCAAUAGCGCUCAGGCUCAAACAUAAACUCGCUAUGCAGAUUCUUGUGGUGCCCGCGUUGCAGUUUUUCAAUUUUCAGACUACGUCUACUGCGGAAAAUUCGAUGUAUUUUCAUGACAGUGUUAACAGUCCAACUUCAGUUUUGUUAGUGACGAAUUAUUUGGGGAUACCCCCUGAACACUCCCGACAACUUUUGGAAAAUAACCACACGUCGCGGUCCCUUAGGUUGUCCCAUAUGGCGAAGAGGGUCGACCAGAAAAUAUGGAUGAGGCGAGAUCUCGUGAGAAAUAAACAGCUGCUCGAAACCUUGAAUACAGACUCAAAUUCUGGAAACGAGGCUCUGUCUGACCUACUUGAAGAAUUAAUAACCAACCCUUACGUUGUUCCACUAAUGGCAGACGACAAAAUGCUGCGCGCGACACCGGAAGCGUACAUAGUGACGUGUGGAUAUGACGUCAUAAGAGAUGACGGAGUAAUGUUCGCACAGCGCCUUAACUAUGUCGGAACAAAAGUGACUCAUAAGCAUUAUAAGUCGGGGUUUCACCAUGCCUGGUUCUUCCCCCACGGACCUUUGAAAGUACAAGUUGGUGCCGACAUUGUCAACGAUCUCAUUAAGUUCUUAUCGCACAGACUGUAACUUAAACAUGCCUUUCCUGUGCCAACAUAACAAAGCUGCAUAUCGAGAUGGAGCCAUAACAUAACAGGUUGUUGGUCUUGUUCGUUCAGUAUUAUAUUUAGCUGUACAUACGCUCGUUAUUUAUUAAUUGAUAUAUUAAGUGUAUUUAUCUGAAUAAGUAUUGCUUAAUCGUUGAGAUUUUUCUGUGCCAAAUUGUAUAUCAUCGAUUGUGAUGUAAAUUUUAUCAGUGCAAUAUGAAAUGUAGUUUUAUAAUUUAUGAA